GGCUCCUGCAUGACCGACCUGGUCAGGUCCUGAACAGGACUACCAGAAUCCUGACACACUUCCUGCUUCUUGUAAAUGACCAGAUAAACCUGUACAGAAAUGCACAAUAACUUGGUCCCAUUUAUUAAGUCCCACCGUGAAUAAAGUUCUGUGCUGGGCAUUGGGAAGGGGGAAUAUGAAGUUACUUCCCUCCAAGAGUUCCCCAAGAUGGAAAACAGAGGCACCGGUGAACAACCCUGAUGCAGUACAGACUCUAAGAGCCGUCAUGUGAAGUAGAGCUACAGCAGUAUGACUGUGGGGCAGUGGGGGAGAGAAGAGUUUUGUCAAGCAGACGCGUUCUUGACAGUGAUGCGAACUACUGAAUGUUAUCUUCAAGGAAAAGCCUUACUUCUCGUCUGCCAAAAACUGGUGAAACCAUCCAUGGUCAUAAGUUUUUUAUUGGCUUUGGAGGGAAAGGUGCCAACCAGUGUGUCCAAGCAGCUAGGCUUGGAGCAAAGACAUCUAUGGUGUGCAAGGUUGGCAAAGAUUCCUUUGGCAAUGAUUAUAUAGAAAACUUGAAACAGAAUGGUAUUUCUACAGAAUUUACAUAUCAGACUAAAGAUGCUGCGACAGGAACUGCUUCUAUAAUUGUCAGUAAUGAAGGCCAGAAUAUCAUCGUUAUAGUGGCUGGAGCAAAUUUACUUUUGAAUACUGAAGACCUGAGGGAAGCAGCCAGUGCCAUUAGCAGAGCCAAAGUAAUGAUCUGCCAGCUAGAAGUAACUCCAGCAGCUUCUCUGGAAGCCCUGAGAAUAGCCCACAGCAGUGGAGUAAAAACACUGUUCAACCCAGCGCCUGCCAUUGCUGACCUAGACCCCCAGUUCUACACUCUCUCAGAUGUGUUCUGCUGCAAUGAAAGUGAGGCUGAGAUUCUGACCAGCCUUGAGGUCAGUAGCCCCUCGGAUGCUGGGAAGGCUGCGUUGGUGCUCAUGGAAAGGGGCUGCCAGGUUGUAAUCAUCACCUUAGGUGCUGAAGGAUGUGUGAUGAUGUCACAGAAAGAACCUGUCCCAAAGCACAUUCCCACAGAGAACGUCAAGGCUGUGGAUACUACGGGCGCUGGUGAUAGUUUUGUGGGAGCGCUGGCCUUCUACCUGGCUUACUACCCUAAUCUGUCCUUGGAAGAAAUGCUCAAGAGAUCCAAUUUCAUCGCAGCAGUCAGUGUCCAGGCUAUAGGAACACAGUCAUCUUAUCCAUACAAAAAAGACCUGCCCCUUGAUCUGUUUUGAUUGCUAUUAAGUCCAAAAUAAAUAUGCCUGGAAAUAAAGUAUACUUGGGGAUGGCCACUCUUAACUAGCAACUUACUAUGUCACCUUCUCCUUUCUUUGCAAAUACUAUAUUCAUUUAUUAAGUCAUCCUCAAGCCUUCAUUUAUUUCUUUAUGAUGAUGAUUUCUUUGCUUUUCAUGCAAAAGUCAACUAGACAGAAUUAAGGAUUCCACAACGAAGACAUGUACAAACAAUACCACUAUUCAGGAACCAGCAAACUCUACUGCCAACACAUCAUGAUACUGUAAUGUAACACCAUACAGCAGAGGUUGCAUACAACGUGUCUAGAGUCAGCAGAGAAUGUUAAAUAAGCGAAGGGGGCAUACGAAUUGGGCCACUCAAGCAGUUCCUAAGAGGGGCAGCUGACAUUCAGCUUUGCCUUUAGUGUUGUCAAAGCUUCUGGUUUUGCAAGGGAAGCCAGAAGUUUGGAUGUUUAUUGAAAUCUUUCAACAUUUAGGUAUCAGCAACUGAUUUUAAUUGUAAAUACCACCUGUGGGCUGCUUUCAGCCCAUGUGCUGAAUAGACAAGUCAUUUGCUAAGCCAGAUUCUAAGUUUUUUGAAAAAAAAGGUGAUUCAUGCAUGUCACAGACCCUUUACACUGGGCUUAGGUAGGAUCAGGUGAAAGAUUUUUCUUGUAACCCAAGACCACAAUGUGGAGUUUCAAUCUAAAAACAGCCAAGAUCUCACCUAGUACUGCUUUGAAUUAGAGCUUUAACAAAAGAUGCCAGAAAAAUAGCUGAUUGACUAUAAUGCCACAAGCCUCUAAGAUUCAACAACUGUCUAAUUUUAUUUCCAGAGAGCUGCGCUCACAUUUCCUCAGGAGAUAGAUUGGGCCACAGGGAGGAACACCUGUUAUUUUGGAACAACAUUGGUUUCUUACUGCUUGUGGUCACGGUGAACACUUUAUCCUUCUCCCCUAUAAAUGCAGUAGGAUACGUACCAGCAGAGCUCAAAAUGUGAGCUGAUCCUUACCUUCAGCCAGAAAUUUGACAAGUAAAGGAGAAAAUGGGCAAUUUUGAAAAUCUGUAGUAAACAAUAGCUCGAGUGGGAAAGUGUACAGAUCUGGGUAGGGCAGGAGUCCUUAUCUGAUAGGGAUUUCCAAGCUGUGUGGUACCACUGCCCCAGAAGCCCUAGCCAUUAGCUUUAUGGAAAUACACUAUAGCGCCUCUUAUUUAAAAAAAAAAAUCUAGGAGUUAAAGCAGUCCAGAGCUGUCCUAGAAAAUCCUAGAUACUACUUUGGAGACAUGAGUUUGAGAAUAUGGACCAAUGGCAUUUUUCUAACUAUAUAAGCACAAAUCAAAAAUAGCAGUUCUCUUGGUUUCUUCUGUGUUACAGCUGGCUCCCUUCUUACCAUUCCUGCUCACCGCGGCCAUCUCUGUUAUUGCAUGGGAGUUCUUUCAAGAUCACUCUGGACUGUGACUCUGCCUUUUCUGUGAAGUACAAGAAAGAACAGACUGGAAACUCUUGCACAAAUCUCACUAUGGAAAAUUUUCUUUUCUUAUAUGAAACAAUGGUUAUUUUUUAGGAAUGGAGUUUUUAAAAUUUCAAAUAGUGGGGGAAAACACCACUAAGAGACAAUAGUACAGGCUAUUUUAAUAUUUUUAUUAAGGGCUAUAAAAAUAUCCAGAAAGAUAAAUAAAUGUGAUGCAAUGAUAUAUGUCCUAAUAUGAAGAACUUUCUUUCACUGCAUUGUUUUCCUUCACAAUGGCCUUCAAAUCACAGGAGGCAGUGAUUCCAUGCCAUUUCCUCUUCUUUCAUUACACGCUGCAGAAUUUCUGAAUCAGUAUCCCGCCCUCAGUCUUCUCAUUUAUAAAUCAAAUUCAUUUUCAAUCCAUUGUUUAGAGGGAGCGUAUUUUUUUCUGUUCCACAAAGAGGACUUUUUUUUUCACUGAAGGAGGAGAAAAAAGGAUUGUAGCAGAAAACUAAAAAGUAUCGUCACCAUUUUUUAAUAAAAAUACAUAU